AUGUGCGAAGUCUCCCUCGAGUGGCACCUCCCCGAGCUGCAGGAAACCCCCGAAAGGCAAAAGGGCCUCGUGCCAGUCCGGAGGGUCUUCGGCAUAAACGCGGGCAUGACUCUCUUCAACCUGCACAGGAUCAUUUGCAUAUCCCUCGGACUCGACGAAGAAGUGAGCUGCAGCAGCAGCAGCAGCUGCUGCUGCAGCAGCAGCAGCAGCAGCAGGGGGGAGGGGGGGGGUUGCCGCGGGGGAGGUGCUGGUGCUGUUCUUCGCGUGGCACUGGUUGGAGUCGUUGCUGUAGCAGCAGCAGCAGCAGCAGCAGCAGCAGCAGCAGCAGCAGUGGCAGUGGUAGUGGUGUUCUGCAGCACUGCUAGCGGCAGCGUCAACGGCGCUGCAGCAGCUCAAGUGCUGCCACGGCAAAACGCACGGGGAUUUAAAUUGGGGGGUUGUCGGGGGCAGCGUGCUGCUUCUGCUGCUGCUGCCGCUGCUGCUGCUGCUGCUGUUCUAGGUUCUGCUGACGCGCCCCUGUUCGGUGCCGCUACUCCUGCUGCUGCUGCUGCUGCUGCUGCUGCGUAG